ACGAUGAUCAAACCUGCGUGCGCAGUCUUUCUUUCUUACUAACGUUCUUUACCCUUUGGUAGACAAGACUUUGGAUUGACAACUUGCGAUUGUGUCGGGAUGGCUAAAGAUGCGAAUAAGAAGGUAGAAGAGGUGGAUGGUGUGCCGGUAGAGCGACAGGGAGCGCGUCCUGACUUUUCGGUUCCGCCGCCCAGGAAACAGCUUCCCAAGGAGCUGCAGGAUACGCUCAAUGAUGAGGAGAAGCUGUGGGAGGUCCUAUAUGAUGGCGAAGGCGACGACACAACAGAUACCUCUCUCCGCUAUGCAGCCUAUGCCUCGCGCAUCCGCACAAUCAUGCUUUCGGCGCACCGCUAUGUAGCCUAUACCUCUGACAUUGGCGAAUCCUUCCGUCCAGUCGCCCACCCUUACCUAGUGAAAGGCGCCUACGGUAUCUCCUGGCUCUAUCUCACCGGCGAUGUCGUCCAUGAAGGCUACAAGGCCUAUUGCCGCAACCAGCGUACGCUGCACCCUGAGAAAUUCAUGGACGAAGCCGCGGACAAGUCGCUGGGAGAACAGAAAGAUAAGGAUAUGGCGGCAACGGGGAAAUCGUUUGGCUCGGGUAUCUUUGAUAAAGUGCAGGAUCUAGCAAAGAAUGCGACGAGCACCGAUGGUGUCAAGUAUGGUGGUGCUGCUAGUCCACUGACGGGUGGAGAGGUCGUUCCAGGGCGUAUACCGGCCAUUGAGGACUACAGGGCUGUGAUGGCGCAGCGGGCGGUCUUCCAGGCUGUUGCUUCGAUGGGAUUGCCGGCUUUUACCAUUCACAGCAUUGUCCGGUAUUCCGGACGUGCACUUAAGGAUGCAAAGAAUAAGACGUUGAGGACUUGGGCUCCGAUUGGGUUGGGUCUGGCGGCCGUUCCUUUCCUACCCUAUGUGUUUGAUGAGCCCGUCGAGCACGCAACUGAAUGGAUCUUCUACAACGCAUUCAAGACGUUUGGAGGCGAGAAGGCUGUCGAGGGGAGACCGGUCAUUGGAGCAAAGGAGCUCAGGAAAGAGGAGACCGAGGCGAACAAACUGAAGAAGGAACUCUAAAAUACCUUAAGAAUCAUGAUGAGACAUUCCUCUUCAUCUAUCUGUAAAUACGAUACCCACAAAGUAUACGAUCCGCUCAAUCUAUACAUAUAAUACUCUACGAAAUUUGUACGCACAGGGUAUCACGACCAAACAAGGAUGGAACCAGCGUAUGUAAAUAACAAAAUCCUACCCUGGCCUUACUCACCUGCUCCCUCCAUCCCUCUCACAAG